ACUUCGAUCAUUCAUUCCGUUCUAAAAAUAUUACUUAUUUUUGAACUCAUAAAAAGAUUCCAUUAUGCAGUUAAAAAGAAAGAAACUAUUGACCAAAAUUUCUAUUGGUUUGUUUUUCUUUUUGGCUGGCGUCGAAUAUGCUGUAAUUUUACCCACCAUGUGGAUGUAUUCACAUGAAAGAUAUGGGGCAGAGCCAUGGUUUUAUGGGGUUAUAUUUGCUGCCUUCAGCUUUAGUUCUCUCAUUUUGAGCCCCUUCUUUGGAAUCUGGGUCGACUUUACCGAGAAGACUAAGAGUACUAUUCUGUUUGCAAAUCUGUUUGAAAUAGGAGGAAACAUCCUAUAUUUUGUAGCUUGGUCUAAAUACUGGAUUUUCGCUGGCAGGCUAAUUGCAGGUGUUGGAGCUGGUGCAGGCUCUGCUAUCUUUGCUCAAAUAGCAAGAACAACAACAGAAGAAGAAAGAACUGGAGUUUAUUCAAUUGCAAUGGGCCUACGGCAAUUUGGGUUGUUAGUAGGACCAGCCUUUAACAUUUUCUUGAAGGAAACAAAUUUCAGUAUUGGACCCUUUAAGGUGGACCACUACACAUCUCCAGGAUUAUUUAUGGCUGCCUUGUGGCUGAUUCAAGAGGUCAUAAUGAUCUUCAUGUACUAUGAUCUUCCCACAAUCAAUGAAGAAAAUGAUUACAAUGAGGAGGAAGAGAAGAAACCAUUGUUAUCUAAUGAGAGUAUACAAUCAAAUGAAACAAAAGCUAUAAUGAAUGGGACGACUCCUCCAGUUAGUGGAAAAGUGAAUGCACAUGAUAGUUUAAAGGAUCUUACUGGAAGCAAUUCAACAUCCAGGAAAAGACGAACAUCAAGCUUAUCAGAAAAUAUUGCUUUAGCUAAAAAUUUGAUUUCUGAAGCUGUGGUUGUUAUCCUUGCUUCACAAUUUAUAAUGUUCUUCAAUGAAACAUCUUUUGAGGCAUUGUAUACCCCUCUGUCUAACUACUAUCUGGGAUGGAGAGAGCUUGAAAUAAGCAUAUCAUUUUGUUUGAUAGCUUUAGAGGCUAUAUUGACCUUCAUAAUUGUCAAAAAAUUGAGUACAAAACUUUCAGACAGAUGGCUCAUGGUUAUUGGAAUAGCAUUUGAGGCUUCUGCACUAAUCUUGUAUCUUAUCAUGCUAACUGAUAUUAAACCUUAUGAACCUAAAAUUCUGCCAACAAUAGUAAUUGGAACCAUACUUAUUGUUUUUGGACUCCCAUUUUUUUCUGUGGCAAAUAUUUCACUCUUAUCCAAAAUAACAGAUAAAAGAACCCAAGGAUUAUACCAGGGUAUUCAACGAUCUGUAACAGGUGUUGCUACGAUCCUUGGACCUUUGUGGGGAGGAUCACUUGGACAUCGUAUGGUAAUCAUUCUUAGCGUGAUGGCUGGACUCGAAGCUUUACUAGGGGUGCUCAUGUUUUUGUCUUUUCGUCGUCUUCGAUCCCCUUCUAAGAAAACUAAGGAUCCUUUACCAAGUCAAUACAGCGAAAUAAGCACAUCUUAAAAAAAACACGAACAAUUUAGGAAUUAUUUCGAAUUUUAUUGGUAUUAUAACGGGAGACGAAGAUUUGCCGACUAUAAAGUGACACCAGCAUGUGCGGGGGCCUUUAACGAGUCUUCUCAUAUCGAAAAUUGAACUGAAGAAUAUAAAUUUAUAUUCAAAUGACAGUCUUUGAUGAAAUAAUGUCAUUAAUCACAAUGACAGUAGAUGAAUGAAAAAUCCGUAAAAUAAUGCAAGACGAGGAUCCACUCAAGUUGCGCAAUUGAGACGAGCGACGGAAAAAUAAAGAGGAAAUCUCCAUCCUGCACGCAUAUAGAACGCCCACUUCACACCAACACAAAUGCCACAAUAAACCUUUAGGAAAACCCAUGCCAACUGUCGUGGUUUCUUAACACUAGCAUUGUGGGAAAUACCAAUUGAUAAAGCUGAAUCAAGAGAACUUAUUUUUUAUAUCCAAGAUGGAUCGGCGAUAAAGGCUUGCGAGGUAACAAGAUCGCAGUGAGCAGUCUCUAUUUCCUUCGUCUUGCCCGUCUGAAGUCAUUGUCUAUGACGCCCCUAGAGCGACGAACGACUGCUUAGGGACUAAAGGAUAAAAUUAACCACAAAUGAUUUAUGAAAUAACUUAACAACACCCAUGCGACGUAUUUUCUGACACUUCUAUUAUUAUUUAUGUGGUGAGCAUAAUCGUGAGAAAAUAUUAACAGCUUUGUUAUAUUGCAAUGUUCACUAGAAUUUGAGACUGAAAUUAUAUAAAAUUCAAUAAAAGUUGCAUUAAUAAUUUUCA